AACGGCAAGUGCCUCUGCCUCCUCUGUCUCUCUCACUCCCUCUGUCACUCCAUGCCUCCAUUUUCCCCUUUCUUCCUACAAAGCGUCCCGGUCCCGUCCCGGGCCAAGAAACCCGCCAUAAACCACAGCCCUCGCCGCAAUGCAGAUGCGGCACCUCGCCGCGCUCCUCGUCGCGGCCCUCCUCGCGGCGCCGCCCGCCGUCGCGGCGUGGCGCCCGUGGCCGCCGCGCAACGGCACGGCGGUGGAGGGGCUCGGCGCGUCCAAGAAGUUCGAGGGGUCGUCCGAGUUCGUGAAGCUGCAGUACCACAUGGGCCCCGUCCUGGCGGCGUCCAUCACGGUGCACCCGAUCUGGUACGGGCCCUGGCCGGCCCCGCAGAAGCGCACCAUCCGCGCCUUCCUCCGCUCCCUCGCGCCGCCGCCGGCGGAGGAGGCGCGGAUCCCGCGGCCGUCCGUGGCGGCGUGGUGGCGCACCGUGCGGCUGUACACGGACCAGACGGGCGCCAACGUGUCGGCGGCGGUGGCGCUGGGCGCCGAGAAGUCGGACGCGCGCAUGUCCCGCGGCGCGCGGCUGUCGCGGAUGGACAUCCAGGCCGUCGUCCGCGACGCCGUGGCCGCGCGCACCCGCCCGCUCCCCGUCGACGCCGGCGGCGUGUACCUCGUGCUCACCUCGCCGGAGGUGCUGGUGGAGGACUUCUGCGGCCAGGUCUGCGGCUUCCACUACUUCACCUUCCCGUCCGUGGUGGGCUACACGCUCCCGUACGCGUGGGUGGGCAACUCGGCGCGGCGGUGCCCGGAGGUGUGCGCGUACCCGUUCGCUAUCCCGGCGUACGUGCUGGGGCGGAGGCCCGAGUCGCCGCCCAACGCCGACGUGGGCGUCGACGGGAUGGUGAGCGUCAUCGCGCACGAGCUGGCGGAGCUGGCGUCCAACCCGCUGGCCAACGCGUGGUACGCCGGGACGGACCCGUCGUUCCCGACGGAGAUCGCCGACCUCUGCGAGGGCAUCUACGGCACGGGCGGCGGCGGCGCGUACACGGGGCAGCUGCUGACGGACGCGCGGUCCGGCGCCGCGUACAACGUCAACGGCGCCGGCGGGCGCCGGUUCCUCGUGCAGUGGGUGUGGAACCCCGUGCUCAGCUACUGCUCCGGCCCCAAUGCGCUCGACCAGGACUAGCUAGCUGCUGGAGUUGCAUCGGAUUGAUGGUCUGCUUGCUGAUGCAUCAUCCAUCGCCGUCUAGGCCGUGUUUGGUUUAGGCUAAAAAAAUUCGCAAUUUUUUUACUUUUGACUACUAAUUUACAGUAUUAAAUAAAGUCUAAUUACAAAA